GCUUACGUUAUGCUAGUGUAAUAUAAUCUUAACGAGGUGUCUAGUUGUAUGGAAGGAAAUACUCGUAAUACGUCUGGGUGUCUGUUUCAACGAACGAACAGGUGCUACAAAAACUUGAAAAAAGCAAAAGUCAGGAAAUAUGGAUUCAUCGCCAAACGAUUUUUUAAACAAGGUUAUUGGAAAACCUGUAGUUAUCCGUCUAAGUUCUGGCGUGGAUUAUCGUGGAAUCUUGAGUUGUCUUGAUGGAUAUAUGAAUCUCGCCUUGGAACAAACAGAAGAAUUCGUAAAUGGUAAAAAAACAAACGAAUAUGGUGAUGCGUUUAUUCGUGGUAACAAUGUUUUGUAUGUAUCAGCCUUAAAUAACCGAUAAUUUUUUUUUUGUUUCUUUCUUUCCUGUCUUUAAUAAUAAAGAAGGAAGUACACCCAUCAUGUUAAGACGAUAAUGCCUCUCAUUGAAUAUUCAGAGUAUAAAGCUCGUAAAAGCUUCUUACGGGUGAUGUUUCGGGAUUCCGUGCGACGAGAUGAUGCGAUAGAUUUGGAUUUAAUUAUGAACAUUAUAACUUAACAUCCAUCUUACAAUAUUCUCACGCUCCAUAAUUUAUACUGUUUUCUAAGGAUGGUCUUUUUGAGUCAUUACUUGUAAAAUAUAUGCAUUUCAUCAAAAAUAAAAAUCUAAGGGUUUAGCUCUUGUUGC